AUGGAGAAAUCAGGAAGAUCGGCAAGAAAAAGAAAACAGAAGAAAUCCGGCGGAGGCGGAUUGAAUCUAUUCAAAAAAGCACCGGCGCCUGACAAAAGCACUUAUUCGCAAAGAACCAAAAAAUCGAGUUCGAAUCAGGAGAAAUCGGGAAGAUCGGCUAGAAAAAAGAAGAAGAAUGGAGAAAAGAAAGAUGGAGGAAAAGGUGGAAGUGGAGGAGAAGCUGGACAAGGUUGGCAAUAUGAUCAAGCUGCCAAGAAAAUGGUCAAGGCUACUGCUUUUAGUAAGUGGAGUACUACGGUACGCAAAUUUCUGCAUUUCCGCGUCGCUGUAUUUACACACUAAAUCAUUAUCUAGUGUGUGAACAUCGCGACGCACAAACUUGCGCUAGCUGAACAAAAAAACGCGUUUCGCUAGCGAAAACAAAAAAACAAAAAAAAGUGGGCGGAGUGUGGCCGUGUGGCUGCCCUGUUUGGUUUCCUCGGCCAAAUGUCACGAAAUAAUCAGCGUGAAUAGCAGGGCUGGGCGGAAUCGGCACGCCGAUUUGCCGAAAUGCCGAGUUUUCCUGAUUUUUCGGCAAUUUUUGAAGUCGGCACUACCGCCCGAAAAUAUUUUCGGCAGUUUUUCAAGUCGGCAUUACCGACCGAAAGAUUUUUCGGCACUUGAUAGAAGCCGAAUUUCGUACCGAUUUCAAAAUGUGCCGAAAUCACAACCGAAAUGUUCUCCAGUAAAAUAAAAAAUGUGUUUUUACCUCUAUUUUCUGCAGAAUGUCUUGUUUUACCUUCAUAUCUAUUGAGUUAUGACUAAAAUAAAACUAAAAUAUAAUUUUAUUCAUUUUUCUAUCAUUUUUUAUAGUUUUUAAAAUUUCUGAAUCACUGCCAAAAUGCCGAAUUUGAACAAAAUCGGGGUGCCGAAUUGCCGAAUUUUUUUUCGGCAAAAAAGUCGGUAUCCCGAAAUUCCGAAAAAAAAUUUCGGCACAAGAAGUCGGCAUCCCGACAAGCCGAGAAAAUUUUCGGCACUAAAAGUCGGCGUUGCGAAAUGCCGACAAGUAAAUUCCGCCCAGCCCUGGUGAAUAGAUAUAUAGAGCACAUUUGCACCUCUAUCUAUGCAAUCUCUCAUUUUCCAGGCACCGAUGCUUGUAAAACCGAAUUCAACACCGAUUUGACGUUCCAACCACCCAAAGAUGAUUGUGGAGCUUUUCAAAAGAAUCUGGCAAAAAAUCGUCAACCAGAAGCACCGAUCACAGAUUCAAAUAUGGUUUUCAUCAAACAACCAGAAAAUGCAUAUUUGUGCGCUGCAAAAAUAUCAAAUCCUGUUGAUUCGAGUCAAUUGAUUAUAUUAGCACAGGCUCCGGAAUCAGCGGAUUUGGAGAUUUUUUGGAGAAUGAUUUAUGAUGUGAGUUUUUGGAAGACUUGAAUAAUAAUUGAGCUUAAUUAUUACAGGGUGGAAUAACGAAUAUAUUCAUAGCAACAUCUCCAACAACCCUAUCUGAAUAUCUUCCUUUAAAUGUCACAUCAUUCAAUCAAGUCGGAAAAAUGUUAUUAAACAACAAAAAAGUGGAAACAUUGGGAAAAGACAUAACUUGUAUGACAAUUGAAGUAUUACCAGAUGGAUGUUCGAAUUCAGUGGUUUGUGAUGUUUAUAGUGUUGCGAGUUGGAGUUCGGGAAAAGCUGCACCAAAUCCAUCGGAUUGUGUUGCUAUUUGCGAGAAAAUGUUGAUUAAACCGGGAGAAGGUGUCAUGUUUUGCAGGUAUUUCUUUUUUUUUUUUUGGGUAUAUUUUUGAAGCUUCUGCUAUUUUUCAGUUGGAAUGGUUUGGGAAGAAGUGGUGUUAUUUUGAUGAUUUAUUUGAUAAUGGCACAUGUUAUGAAAAAUGCGGAUUUCAAAAUCAAUGAAUUGUUUUCGAAGAUUCGUGCACAGCGUUUUGGAAUUGUUGAAAAUGGCGACCAGUAUUUGUCGAUUUAUCAAGCAAUAACAUAUUGGAUUCGUAAUAAUUCGAAAGAUGCCGAAAUUUUGAAAGCUAUUGAAGGAAUUCCGCCACCGGCAUGA